GCAGCUGAAUUGAGGUCAAGGUGCUCGGGAUUUGUUUGCUCACAUUGAAGCUGCUGUUAUGGUGGCCUUCAUCAUGGUGUCGUGCAUCGAGCUCCUGCCAGUUGCUGCCCAGAGGAGGCUCAAGGUUGACUUGAAGAACAGAGAGCUCUGUCAGCAGGCAGUGUCUCCUGAGCUAUGUGCUAUGAACAGCUAUAAUAACGACCAUUGUGGUUUUCCUUUUGGGCUUUUGAGAGAUGGUGAUGAUGACAUUAUUGCAAGGACAGGGUGGAGACCAAGCUGUGUAUGAAGUGAUUUGCCUGACGUUUGAGGGUUUUGAUUGUGGAUGCUGCAGGAGAAAGCAUCAAAGAAGGUUUUGGUGGUGUGGCAAUCCGACAAUCCUAUUGGUAGAAGUGUACUGCUGUAGUUUGCUGCUGCCACCUACUCUCUCCCUUGGGUAAAGUCUUGCUGCGGACAAUAUAGGUGCUGCAGGUUCACCGUUAUGAAAGCACUCCCAUGCCAUACUCCGAUGCCGGAUCCGAAUACGAGUAUUUACCCUAGGUGUGGCGGUGGCCAGGGUGGCGUUCCAGUGGUGGGAGUGGCAGUGGGCAGGUUAGACUCCAGUAGUGGGUGCGGAAGGCAAUGUGGACAAUGUUGUGCUUGUGAACUUGCAGGAAAUCAUCCUGUGAUAUCUCUGGUCAUGCAUUGUUUUUCGAUAGUUGAAGUCGUGCACUGGUUAUUGCUAGUGAAGUUUGUGGGUGAGGGGAGGGGAGAGGAGUUUGUGUGGACACGAGAGUUUACCGAGCGGGGGAGGACUCGUCCGGUGAUAGUCAUAUUGCUGUCUAUCAAGGCGUAACAGGGAUGUGUUUUCUGGGUGCUGAGGAUGGCUGCUAAACUGCAGCUGACCUGUCUUGAUGUCAAGGGGAACAGGAUCCGAGUUCGCUUAUGGGAGGCGCUGUCUCUGGGUUUGACGUCCUUUCCAGUGCUGGUAUGCUGUGGCUGCCGACCUGUAGCUAACCCGUCGUGGCUGCCGAACUGCAGCUAACAUGCUUGAAGGUGGAUCUGGCUGAGAAGCACACGCAUGGAAGGAACACUGGCCAUGUAUCCCAGUUUUCAGUGCUGGUAUACGUUUUGGUAGGGUGCAUUGAUUUCAGCUUGAAGAAUGUUCGGAGCCUGGAGGAGGAGGAGAUGUUAAUGGAGCAUUGUAGGGUGUGCUUCACUGAGAGUAAGAAGGUGACGACAAUAGGGGUGACACACCGGGCAUGAUGGGGAUGUGGAUCACCAGCUCGGUGGGAAAGUAAAUGAUCGUGCACCCUUCAAAUGAUGGUAUUGUGGGUCUUGGUAAUCGGACAGCAGCCUUGAAGGGAGCAGUCCUACAUGUUUAGAGUUCUGUUAAGAAUUAGACUUCCCAGAAAGGAACACGGGAAUGGGAUUUGAAAUUCGGGAGGUUUGCUUUCCGUAGGUUGUGUGUUUCUUCGGAUGAAUGAUGGGAGUUAUAUUGUGUUCUCACAUGAGCUGGUGCACUGGAUGGACAGUUGUGUUUCUUCAUAUGAAUGAUGGGGCGGGGGGGUGAGGAGUACUAGGGAGGAGAGUGUCUAGGGGUAUCGGGAUUUCCAUGUGGAAGUGAGCAGUAUGAAUGAUUCAGGUGAAAGCCUACAAAUCAAAUCUGCAUUAGUCCUCCCUUCUUCUGUGGUGAGAUGUCCUCGAUCAAUUGAGAAACUCCAUUGAUUUGGUAGGAAAGGUAGAGAAGAGGAAGAAGGGCCAAUGAAGGGCGGCUAGGAGUGCCGUGUGGCAGCACUUUGUGAGUGGCAGUCUUUGGGCUUUUGGUGGCCUAUCUACCACCUGACCAUGCUCUCUGACAGGGCAGCAUUGUUUUUGCGAGAGUAUUUUAUGGUGUGUGUGUGCACGGAGGAUGUGUGACAGCUAUGAGAGCCUAUAUUCAGAGCUUUGUAA